AUGAUAGAUGGGAAUGCUGAAAGGAUCUGCACGGGAGAAGAGAAGCUGGAGACUCUUCCUAAUUCUGUGUUUGAGACCACCAUGAGAGGUCUGAGGUUCUUCACUCAUAACUACCAGCACACUUUGGCUCUAGCAUUUGCUGUAAAGGAGAUCAAUGAACAUUCCCAGCUCUUGCAAAAUGUUACCCUUGGUUUCCAUGUCGCUAGUGACAAUUUUGAGGAGAGGUCAACUUACCUUUUAGCAAUGGAAUUUCUAUCUACAAAAGACAGAUUUGUCUCUAACUACAGGUGUGAUAUCCAAAACAUUGCAGCAGCUCUCAUUGGAGGACCCCGUACUAAGACCUGUCUCAACAUGGCAACCAUGUUGUACAACUACAAGUUUCCACAGCCAAAAAGUAUAACUUACCUGUCUUUCUAAGAGCCUUUGGGCAUUUCCUUGGUAAUGAUCGCAAUCUCCUUUUCUGUCAUCUCAGCUUUGGUACUGGGGAUCUUCGUUAAACACCGGGACACUCCCAUUGUCAAAGCCAACAACAGGAACCUCACCUACAUUCUUCUCGUUGCUCUCCUGCUUUCCUUCAUUUGCACUUUCCUCUUCUUUGGGCAACCUGACCAAGGGAAAUGUCUCAUGCGACAAACUGCUUUUAGCAUCACUUUCUCAGUCGCCCUUUCUUGUAUAUUGGGUAAAACAACCAUAGUGGUUCUUGCUUUCAUGGUUACCAAGCCAGGCUCCAAAAUGAAAAAAUGGUUAGGGAAAAGUCUGGGGAACUUCAUUGUCCUUUCUUUCUCCCUGGUGCAAACAACAAUCUGUGUUGUGUGGCUGGCACUUUCUCCCCCAUUUCCAGAUUCUGACAUGCAUUCAGUGGCUGAAGAAAUUAUCCUGGAAUGUAAUGAAGGUUCAACCACAAUGUUUUAUUUUGCCCUUGGCUUUAUGGGGUUCUUGACUGCUGUUAGCUUCACCAUGGCCUUCCUAGCUAGGAAUUUACCUGACAGCUUCAACGAAACCAAAUUUAUCACCUUCAGCAUGUUGGUCUUUUGUAGUGUCUGGGUAUCAUUUGUUUCCACCUAUCUGAGUACGAAGGGGAAAUACAUGGUGGCUGUGGAGAUCUUCUCCAUUUUGGCUUCAACGGCUGGACUGCUGGGCUGCAUCUUUUCUCCCAAAUGCUAUAUCAUUGUUCUGAGAUCUGAUUUAAAUAAGAAAGAGCAACUGAUAAAGAAAUGA